AUGAAAACACGAAACCCACGUUGUGUAAUGAUUGGAACAACUUCCGUAGGUAAGACAACACUAGUUCAUUAUGCUAUUAAUGGCACGAAGACAGAUUCCACACGGCCAACGACUGCAGCUUUAUUUUCUCACUUUGAAACAAGAGAAUUUCCAAUAAGACAGAUGGAUAUUUGGGAUACAGCUGGCAUGGAACAAUAUCAAUCCUUAAAUUCUGAAUAUUUCAAAGGCGCAAAUGGGGCAAUUUUAGUUUUCGAUAUUACAAACUUCCAAUCAUUCGAAAAAUUAGAACCUAUGUAUAAAGAUUUAUUAAGUUAUGCAAGAAGUGUUCCAAUUAUUGCUGUUGCAGCCAAUAAAUGUGAUCGUCGAAAUGAGGCUGAAGAAGUAACUCAAGAAGAAAUUGAAACAUGGUGCAAAGCUCACGGAUGCCAAUUCUUUUAUACAUCCGCUAUUACAGGUGAAAACGUUAUGGAAUUAUUUGAUCAUAUGGCGCGUUUACUCCCAGAAGAGGUCGAAACAGUAUCAUCGGUUAGUCUUGAAGAUAAUGCAGAAGUUAUUAAGCAUUGCUGUUAG